UGUGCAACACAUCUGCAAAUCGCUUUUGGUGGCAAUACAAUACUAGGUUUUCUCUGAAUUAGGUGUGCUGCGGUUAUUUUCUUGUGGUUAGAAUUUGCCAUCAAAUCCUUUAAGCUUUGUUUAUUCAUUUAAUAAAUAAACAUAAAGCUUUAAGCAUGUCAUCAAGACAUCCUCUUGUUUUUCAUGUGUUAGCAGAAUGUAAAAUUUCCAAAGCAAGAGUUAGCAAAAUGAUUUUGCCUCAUGGAGAAGUUGAUACACCAGUCUUCAUGCCAGUUGGAACUCAAGGUACACUCAAAGGAUUACUAACAGAACAGUUGGACAAUUUAGGUGUGCAAAUAAUGCUUGCGAACACGUACCAUUUGGGAAUUAAACCUGGUGUGGAAAUUUUAAAAAAAGCUGGUGGUUUACACAAGUUUAUGAAUUGGAACUGUGCACUCCUAACGGACUCUGGUGGUUUUCAAAUGGUGUCGCUUUUAAAACUUGCUGUAAUCACAGAGAAAGGUGUUCAGUUUCGGUCAUUAAAUGCAAGCAAGUCUGAAAUCGUGUUAACUCCUGAACAUUCCAUCGAGAUACAAAAUGUGAUUGGUGCAGAUAUAAUCAUGCAGUUAGAUGAUGUAGUUAAAACUACAAGUUCCGAUGAUAAAAGAAUUGAAGAAGCCAUGUAUCGGACGACUAGAUGGUUGGAUCGUUGCAUGCAGUCACACAAAAGAGUUGAAGAUCAAAAUAUUUUCCCCAUAGUGCAGGGAACGUUAAAUACGAAACUGAGAUCCUUAAGUGCAAAGGCACAUAUGAAACGAGAUGUUAGAGGCUUCGCAAUUGGAGGACUAAGUGGAGGGGAAAGUAAAGAUGAAUUUUGGAAAAUGGUUAAUCUAUCGACAGACAUCUUGCCAAAGAACAAGCCUCGGUAUCUGAUGGGUGUUGGGUUUGCCAUUGAUUUGGUGGUUUGUACUGCAUUAGGUGUAGACAUGUACGAUUGUGUCUUUCCAACAAGAACGGCGAGGUUCGGUUGUGCAUUAGUAAUGACUGGUCAAUUAAAUUUAAAACAGAAAAUGUAUAAAACUGAUUUAACUCCUAUUGAUAAAGAUUGCGAUUGUUCCACUUGUAAAACAUAUACCCGUUCUUAUUUACAUCACAUCGCAACUAUUCAUACCGUGUCUUGUCAUUUGCUAACUGUUCAUAAUGUCGCUUUUCAAUUAAGAUUAAUGAGAAAUAUACGUGAAAGCAUUAAAGAAAAUAAAUUUGUGGAAUUUGUGCAAAGCUUUAUGGUCGAUUUGCACCCAAACAAAGAUUAUCCAAAUUGGGUCAUUGAUGCGUUACAAGCAGUAGGUAUUCAACUAAAAUAAAGCAAGUUUUACAAUACCUAAUAUUGUAUUCUUUAUUAAUUACAUGAAAUCGUCAGAAUCGUUACCAUCAUCGGUGUUAAGGGUCAUACUGCCUACUUUAAAAAGUGUACUGUAACUGCGCAUAUCAGCGUCUUCGGCUUUUCGUUUCUCUUCCAUCUUCUCUUUUUCUUUUUGUUCCCGUAGUUGUUUCUUUUUAUCUUCACGUUCUAGCCGAUCGCGCUUUUCACGUUCUGCACGGAAAUCUGGAAAUAAUUCCUUCUUUGUCUUAUUCAAUCGGUUAACAAUAUCAUUUAUCCGUUUUGCAACUUUAAUCUUGCGCACCUCUUUUUCCUUAUGAAAUCCAAUUUGGCCUAUCUCCAUGGCUGCAGUCUUCUU